AUGGCUCCCCCCUCCGAAAUCAACGCGGUGGUCAUCACUAAGCCCGGCGCCGUCGAAGUUAAGCGCGUACCGCUGCCCAACCUCCCGGAUGACUUCAUCCUCGUGCGCACGACGGCGGUGGCCCUGAACCCGACUGAUUGGAAACACGCCGGCGUGGGCGGGAACCCGCUCGGCGUCACCGCCUACACAACCGGUACACGCGUGGGGUGCGACUACGCCGGCAUCGUGGAGCAGGUCGGCUCUAAGGUGACCAAGGACUUUGCGCCGGGCGACCGGGUGUGUGGCAUCGUGCAUGGGUCAAACAAUCUGCGGCCGGAUGGCGGUUCGUUUGCCGAGUACAUCGUGGCCAAGGGCGACUUGCAGAUCAAGACGCCGGACAAUUUGAGCGAUGAGGAGGCUGCUACACUGGGAGUGGGGAUCAGUACUGUGGCCCAAGGUCUCUACCAAACGCUUGGCCUGCCGCUCCCAAGCACGGCCAACCAUCCCAACACCAUCACUCCUUCCAAUCCACCCCCUGAGAUCCUCAUCUACGGCGGCAGCACCGCCACCGGCGUCCUCGGCAUCCAGUUCGCCAAGCUGUCGGGCUACCGCGUCGCCACGACCUGCUCCCCAUCCAACUUCGACUACGUCAAGUCCCUCGGCGCCGAUGCCGCGUUUGACUACCGUGCCCCCGACGUCGUCGAUGCCAUCCGCGCCUGGAGCAACAACGCCGACGAGCUGCUGACGAUCGCGUGGGACUGUAUUUCGAAUGAAGCGUCGGCGCGCAUCAGUGUGGCCGCGCUGAGCCGGACGAAGCCGGGGCAUUAUCGCAGUCUCUCCCCAAUUCCAGAUGAGCUAGUCAAGGAGCUGAAUGAGAAGGUUGACAAUGGGUGGCGGUUGGCGUAUACCAUGUUUGGAGAAGCUAUUCAGAAGUCGAUCUGGAUGGAGGCUGUCCCGGAGGAUUUUGAGUAUGGCAAGAUGUUUUGGGAGCUGGCUAGGGAGUUGCUGGCAGAGGGGAAGGUGAAGGCGGUCAAGGCGGAUAUGAAUCGCGGCGGAAAGGGAUUGGAGGGCGUGGUGGUCGGUCUCAAGGAACUGGCUGAGAACAAAGUGAGCGGGGCCAAGUUGGUCUACACCCUGUGA